AUGGCGAGUCCAAGGGGCAAUCCAUUCGUCCUCAUCUCGGACGAUGAUGACACAGAAGUGAUUGCGGAUUCCUCCGACGAGGUUGAGCUUCUGGACUACGAUGUCGAGGACGCGAGUGAUUCGAGCUCCAGUCCCAGUUCACGCGGAAAGCAGGGUCCUUCAUCGGAAGUCUUCAAGAACAGCCACAUACGUCUCCCAGACCUCGAAGAGGAAGAGCAAAUCUUGACCGACGGCGCGGUCAUCAAAAUUGGCAGCACGUGGGAGCUGAGAGAUCCUUCAGAGCGCCCGGAAGACCAGUUGCACAGCGGCGACUUUCUGCGCGUCCAACACAUCAUUCGCAACGUUCAGACUGAUGAGGUCCGACUGCGAGGAUUCCGGUUGCGGCGGACCAAGUAUCACGGGCAGAUAUUCGACUGGAAGACAAAUGAGUUGGUGAUGAUUCUCCACGUCGAUGAGCAUGACACGAGAUCUCCCUUCAUACAAGGGAUGAUCGAUGUUCCCGUCAAGGACCUGCUUAGGAUACGCGAUUGCGUUCUCACGGACAAACCCUAUCCGCUGCUCAGCUUCCGCAACGACCUCAACGCAGGCCUCUACCACGCGAAGACAAAGCAAGAAGUCAAAGAACACAUCUUCCACCACAAUCGCCUUGUAUGCCGCCACGUCAACGUCCUCGUUAUCCACAAGAACGGCAAGCCCUACGGUGGGAUCGUGCGGCACGUGUACUCCCACGAGGCAGAUGCUCGCCCUUCUUCCUCUUCUGCGUCACCAUCACAAUCUUCUCGAGACACUUCCAUCUCGAUCGAGGAAGAGGGGGACGUCGUGAUCGUUAGUCAUCGCGAAGCGAAUUCGAAACGCAAGCGACGCGCACGUUCUGACUCCAUCGAACUGCUGGAGCAGCCGACCCCACCAAAGCGACCGAAGUUUCCAACAACGAGGGUUCGCUAUACGUUCGGCGAUUGCUUCUGUGGCGCCGGUGGAGCGUCUCAGGGUGCCAAGCAAGCCGGCCUCAUCGUGACUUGGGGUCUCGACAAUGACGAAGCUGCGAUCGAAGCAUAUGGACGAAAUCACUGCGGUGCACUUCCUUUCCAUUGCGAUGCCCAUAACUUUCCACCCAAAGGGGCAACGAAAGGAGUGUUGAAGGUGGACAUUCUUCACCUCUCACCUCCGUGCUGUUACUGCACCUGGGAUGGCCCAAAUGACCAAGCUAACUACGAGGCGAUCUACACCGUUGGACCGAUCCUUGCCAAAUGCAAGCCUAGGGUGGCCACCUUGGAGCAAACCUUCGGUCUCGCGACGUCUACGGAGCACAAGAAGAACUUUCUGCUGCUUAUGAACGACAUCAUUCGGGCAGGUUACGAUUUAAGAUACACCCUUGUUGAUAUGUCCGACUUCGGUUUGCCGCAGUGUCGUAAACGCCUCCUCAUCAUUGCCGCGAGGCGCGGUACUCCCCUUCCACCGUUUCCGAAGCCCACCCACGGUACCCGAGCAACCGGUCUGAAGCGGUUCGUCUCCGUCGCGGAUGCUCUGCAACCGCUUGAGCGCCUUGGCGACCGUGCGCUAAACGACGAGUACCAUCGACCACAAGACUUAAAGCCAAAGAACAAGACGCCAUAUAAUCCUUAUACCAGCUUCCUCAAGGGGUGCGUUACGACCAGCGGUGGUGAGAACUACCACUACUCUGGCACGCGUCGAUACACAGCGCGUGAGAUGAGUCUGCUGCAGACAUUUCAUCUUAAGUACCGCUUCUCGGGUAGCCGGACUCAAGCGAUAAAGCAGAUCGGCAAUGCGUUUCCGCCCGUUAUGGCUGAAGCCUUGUACCGCGAAAUCGCCAGGACGCUCGAGGCGUUCGACCACGGUCUUAUCGGUGCCGAGGACAUCAUCGACGAUCUCGAUGCGUUCUUAGAGAAGAAGGGUGUUGUCCUCCCGGAGUCGCUAUCCGCUUCUCAAUCCGCCUACUCUGCCGCAUCGAGUUCCCCGAAAUCGCCUUACCGGUACCUUGUUCGCAACGACUCGUCAUCAGUCCUAGGCACUACAAACAAGACCUCCUCUAUCUUUGGCCGAAAGAACAACAUUGAGCCUGCGGCGUCGAGCUCUAACAAGGCCACGCGCUCGGUCUCGUUGCCGUUCCGGGCAUUUAGGAGCCGCCAGCAAGUGCUCGUUGAGGCCGAGCUAGCUAAAGAGAACGGCGAGCUUAUAGAGCUAGAGGAGUAGCGGAGCGAAUGCUUGUCAUAAUUUGGGUUGUCAACGCCAUCGCGGUCUUGCGCGUUAAUAGGUGUUGCUGCCGCUCGG